AUGCCAUUCCCAAAUGGGACACUACUGAAACUCAAGGAUGCCAACGGCGCAGGCAUGUCGAAUGAUUUGCGUGCGCAAAGAGCGCUGGCGGAUGACAGUUGGUUUUGCCAGGUUUGCUUUGCCGAGCGCAUGCCACCACGUGUGCCUAAAGGAUAUGGUCCCUUCAACGUGCUUCUUCAGCAGCUCGAGACACAAAACCCCCGCAUCUUUGCUCUGCCUUCUGACCUGCGUACCUACUACAAAGGCGUAGGUACAGCACCGGAUGGGGCGUACGUUGACACGACCAUGCAGCGCCCGCUAAAACUGAGUCGCAAUGGGUUCGUUGAGGAACGUGAUCCAUAUCAGUUGCGUGAUAAACAUGGUGAGCCAGUGCUUUGCUUUCGCUGUGGUCAGAGUGCAUUGCCAUCCACCCAGCAAAAUGCGCAUGGCCGCCGUAUGUUGAGCUGCGACUUUUGCACUCUCCAUUGGCACUUGGAUUGUGUGGAUCCGCCCAUGGCUGGCAUGCCACCAGCCACGCGACGCUGGCGAUGUCCCGCUCACAGCUUACCAGGCCAGCCACGCUUACGCAUACCCCGAGCUCCGCAGCACAUUCACACGAUCCGUGUGCCUCGCGGUGCACCGCUUCCGAAAACUCGCGACGCUUAUGUGGAAGUUGUGCCAGACCCGAAUGACAAGUACUUUGAUCCUGACACCGGUUCAGGCGGCAGCCGUCGUGCGCCGUGGGACGAUAUUACUCUCGAUACAGAUCAUAUUCGCGUGCGCUACCGAAUCCCAGAGAAAACCAUUCGCCUCGCAUUCUGGACAGCUAUUUCUCGCCGCCGCCGCCGGCAGCAGCAAGAGGAAGACCGACCAUCUUCUGAACCCCAUACCCCUGCUUCACAGCUGCCCGCAUCGCAACUUCCCGCAUCCCUACCAACUACCUGGAAACCCUCGACCUGUGGACUCGAUGCGCUUGUUGAUGUGGCGCUGGGUCAUGUGCAGCCGCUCACAUGGGUUCCUACACCAAACGGAGAUACGCAUGCCGAGUAUGCAGCGGCCACAGCUGCAUCACUUCAGCCAGACGCUUUGGCAUACAUGACACCCGAACGGACUUCGUAUGAUGCGCAUACCAGCACAGCAUCUCGUCCAGACGGCUUGCAUGUCCCGACCACGUACGUGUACCCGCAAGAGAUCCAGCAGCUGCGUGAGAUGAAGCGUCUUGUCGAAACUCAUGGAGGUCUCGAACAUGUUCGUCGCAUACUCCAAGCGCUUAAGGAAUAG